AUGUUUCUUCGAUAUGCUUCAGAAUCUAAGGAAGUUGAUGACAAUGUGGAACAUAAGGUACAGAAAGAGAAGUCAAAGAAGGUUAUAUCUUCCAACGAUCAGAGUCCUUCAGGAAAGCUAGACUUCAUUGACUGGGUCCAACGUUUGGCAGUUUCCUACCACUUCGAACAUGAAAUUGAAGACGCAUUGGCAAAGAUUCACAGCAUUUAUACCAGUAACAACAAUGUUGUUAGGCAGGAUGUGGUGAUAAUCUUCACUUUGUGGCUUUACUCUUUCGAUGUAUUUGAGAGAUUCAAGGACAUCAAGGGAAAGCUUAAUAAUGAAAGUCUCGCCGAAGACGAUGUUGAAGGAAUGUUGGCCCUGUAUGAAGCUACACAAUUGGAGGUUCCCGAAGAGAGCAUACUGGAUGAAGCUCUUCAUUUCACUUACACCUGCCUUAAAUCCCUCAUAGAUAACUACCAACUGAGCCCUUGUCUCAAUCCACGUGUCAACCACCGCUUAAGUCAGCCUCUGCACAAGAGAUUGCAUAGGCUAGAGGCAAGGCAUUACAUGUCUUUCUACCAACAGCAAGAUCCUUCCCAAAAUCAUAUAAAGUUGUUUGACUUUGCGAAACUGGAUUUCAAUAUGCUGCAGCAUUUGCAUAAAAGAGAAAUUGGCAAUAUCACCAAGUGGUGGAAAGAAACAGAGUUGCCCAAAGAGGUGCCUUAUGCCAGAGAUCAAUUGGUGGAAUCCUACUUUUGGUCUUUAGCCAUGUCUUAUGAGCCUCAACUCAGCACUACAAGAAUGAUAACUGGCAAAUUGGUUGCUAUUAUCUGUCUUCUUGAUGAUAUCUAUGACACCUAUGACUGCAUGAAAGCGGCGUUUGAAGCAGUUAUACAAGCUUGCAAUGAAAUCGACAUGGUGGCUGCAAAAGAAGGGACGUCAAAUUUUGUGAUGCCGCAUGUUAAACAAGCAUUUAUUAAUUUGGCCGAGGCAUACUUGAUGGAAGCAAAAUGGUGCAGUGAAAAGUACGUCCCAAGCUAUGAGGAGUACAAGAAUAACGGAGUUGUAUCUUCUUUUGGUCCACUUCAGAUAACUUCUUUCCUGGGCCCUGGAAACCUAGCAACCGAAGAGGUGUUUGAUUGGAUUUCCACAAAUCCAAAAAUAAUUGAAGCUGUCUCACUUAUUGGCAGACUCAUGGAUGACGUGGCCACUCAUGAGGUACAACUAAGACAAUAUGCGUGGGCAUUUAUAUACUCAUAG